CCCCAGCGAGCGAGCGCAGCCCGGCCCGCGGCCCGCAGCCCGCAGCCCCGUCCCCGCCGCCGCCGCCGCCCCCGGGGCAUGGCCUGUCUGAUGGCCGCUUUCUCGGUCGGCACCGCCAUGAAUGCCAGCAGUUACUCUGCAGCGAUGACGGAGCCCAAGUCGGUGUGCGUGUCCGUGGAUGAGGUGGUCUCCAGCAACGUGGACGCCAGCGAGACAGACCUGCUGAACGGACACCUGAAGAAGGUGGACAACAGCCUCACGGAGGCCCAGCGCCUCUCCUCCUUGCCGCGGAGGGCAGCCGUGAACAUCGAAUUCAAGGACCUCUCCUACUCCGUGCCCGAGGGACCCUGGUGGAGGAAGAAAGGAUACAAGACCCUCCUGAAAGGAAUCUCCGGGAAAUUCAGCAGUGGCGAGCUGGUGGCCAUCAUGGGGCCCUCCGGGGCCGGGAAGUCCACGCUCAUGAACAUCCUGGCUGGGUACAGGGAGACGGGCAUGAAAGGGGCCGUGCUCAUCAACGGCAUGCCCCGGGACCUGCGCUGCUUCCGGAAGGUGUCGUGCUACAUCAUGCAGGACGACAUGCUGCUGCCACACCUCACCGUGCAGGAGGCCAUGAUGGUGUCAGCACAUCUGAAGCUUCAGGAGAAGGAUGAAGGCAGAAGGGAGAUGGUCAGGGAGAUACUGACGGCGCUGGGCUUGCUGUCUUGCGCCAACACACGGACCGGGAGCCUGUCGGGCGGCCAGCGGAAGCGGUUGGCCAUCGCGCUGGAGCUGGUGAACAACCCCCCGGUCAUGUUCUUCGACGAGCCCACCAGUGGCCUGGACAGCGCCUCCUGCUUCCAGGUGGUCUCCCUGAUGAAAGGGCUGGCUCAGGGGGGCAGGUCCAUCAUCUGCACCAUCCACCAGCCCAGCGCCAAGCUCUUCGAGCUGUUCGACCAGCUUUACGUCCUAAGUCAAGGACAAUGUGUGUACCGGGGAAAAGUCUCGAAUCUCGUACCCUAUCUGCGGGAUCUGGGUCUGAACUGCCCAACCUACCACAACCCAGCAGAUUUUGUCAUGGAGGUGGCGUCCGGCGAGUACGGAGACCAGAACGGCCGCCUGGUGAGAGCGGUCCGGGAGGGCAUGUGUGACUCCGACUACAAGAGGGAGCUUGGGGGCGAUGCCGAGGUGAACCCUUUUCUUUGGCACCGGCCCUCUGAAGAGGUAAAGCAGACAAAACGCUUGAAGGGGUUGAGAAAGGACUCCGCUUCCGUGGAGGGCUGUCACAGCUUCUCCGCCAGCUGCCUGACACAGUUCUGCAUCCUCUUCAGACGGACCUUCCUCAGCAUCGCGCGGGACUCGGUCCUGACACACCUGCGCAUCACGUCACACAUUGGGAUUGGCCUCCUCAUCGGCCUGCUCUACCUGGGCAUCGGGAACGAAGCCAAGAAGGUGCUGAGCAACUCCGGCUUCCUCUUCUUCUCCAUGCUGUUCCUCAUGUUCGCGGCCCUCAUGCCCACCGUUCUGACGUUUCCCCUGGAGAUGGGGGUGUUUCUCCGGGAACACCUGAACUACUGGUACAGCCUGAAGGCCUACUACCUGGCCAAGACCAUGGCCGACGUGCCCUUUCAGAUCAUGUUCCCCGUGGCCUACUGCAGCAUCGUGUACUGGAUGACGGCGCAGCCCUCCGAUGCCGUGCGCUUCGUCCUGUUCGCCGCCCUGGGCACCAUGACCUCCCUGGUGGCCCAGUCCCUGGGCCUGCUGAUCGGAGCCGCCUCCACGUCCCUGCAGGUGGCGACAUUCGUGGGACCCGUGACGGCCAUCCCCGUCCUCCUCUUCUCAGGAUUCUUCGUGAGCUUCGACACCAUCCCCACGUACCUGCAGUGGAUGUCCUACAUCUCCUACGUCAGGUACGGCUUCGAAGGGGUCAUCCUCUCCAUCUACGGCCUGGACCGGGAAGACCUGCACUGCGACAUCGACGAGACGUGCCACUUCCAGAAGUCGGAGGCCAUCCUGCGGGAGCUGGACGUGGAGAACGCCAAGCUCUACCUGGACUUCAUCGUGCUGGGCAUCUUCUUCAUCUCCCUGCGCCUCAUCGCCUACCUCGUCCUGCGGUACAAGAUCCGGGCGGAGAGGUAAAGCACCCGGCCCCAGGCGAGAGGAAAAGCGGACAUUGUGGCCGGGGGCACUUCUAGAAUCAUGGCGGCAAGGCCGUGCCCGGUGACACAGAGACUAUUGCGACCCAACCCCAGGAACCACGUUGGGAUCGUGGGUGUCUAGUACUCGCCGUCUCUGCCCGGCUGGGCUGGGUCUUCUCACACCGCCCUUUCUAGCUGCCACUAGGAAGGCGUAGGAAGGCUGGGGGUUUCACAUGCGGAAUCGAAAAUGCCACAACUGGGGCAGAGCUUAAAACUGCGUCACAGCCGGUGACAAGUGGCUUCCUCAGUAAAAUUCCUCACCGUCCGUCCUGCACGGUGAAUUGUGGGCAACUUCUCAGCUGGUCACGGUGCAGCGAGAUGUCUUGGGAGAGAAAGUCCAGGCACGGAGUGAUUCCAUUUUAUGACUGUUGUUUUUCAUAGUUUCAUCUUUCUAAGGUCUGUCUCUUUCCAAGCCAAAAGUCUUUAAAUUUCAUUCAUUUUAAGAAAUUGUACCUUUUUAGUCCUGGUUGAAGAAUUAUUCAGGAUAAAUAACGUACGUUGUUUAGAGGUUGAAAGGGUUUAAGCUGGUCACCGAGCGGGUCCCAGCACAGACAGAGCCUGGGAAAGAUUCAGCGCAGUGUCUGGGUUGAGGGAGCACUUUGGCACCCUCUGCACUGAGCCCUGCAGAAAUUUUUUAAAGUUAUGCAAGAAGUUGUUAAGAAGAAAUUGGCUAACUCUUUCAAAGUCUUUUAUUUUCCACAUGCUUUUUAUUUUAAGCAAAAUAUAUUGUUUCUUUCUAACUUUCUGACCACCUUAAUUUUGGCUAAGAAAUUUCUAGAUCAACUGUGUUGAUUUUUAAAAAGCAAUUUCCCUUUCCUCCUGUAUCACAUCAACUACCUCCACGGAGCCUGGAAAAGCUGGGCCUCGGGAAUUUCAGGCCUGACCGUGAGGUUUGGGUCUGCGGACCCAGCCGGCCACUGACAGGUGAACUAAGCGUGCAAGAGGGGAAGAUGCCACCACAGGGCGCUGGAGCACAAGAGCUUUGCGUGGGAUCAGCGAAACGUCAGUGCACGGAGGCUCUGUAACUUGACCAAGCAACGCAUUUAGAGUUGUGGGUGAUUUCGUCUCCCAGGCCUGGUUUCUGUGACCGCCGAGCUACACCACCGCCCCCAUGUUGGGGUUGUGUGGACCCCGUGUACUGGGAGCCCCUUGUUCCCGCUGACAUAACCACACAAGUCAAGUCCCAGGGCAGGAGCAGUGGGCGUAUCUGCAGGUCAAGGGGCCUUUGAACUCACAGUGAGGCUGCCCUGCGCUUGGCAGAUAUCUGAGAUGGUUUGACUGCGAGGAUGGAAGGUGGUUCUGGCCAAAGAAGUCCGGCAUUAGGAAAGUGCAGCUGCCUUCUCCUUCUAGAAUGUCCUAGAAUCAGGGUCUCCUAAGGAAAGAGCUCCUAGCUGGUCCCCAGGACAGACCAGGGGCGUUGUGUCUUUGUGGACAAAUCCAUUAACCUUUCUGAGCCACAGUUUCCCGUCUGGGAACAGUGGCAGUGCACCGUGCUCAAAGCCAUCCUCGGCUCUGGCAGGCUGUGAGGUUCCUUGGUUCUGUCCCCGAAGCUCUUGCUUCCUACUUUGAGGGAACGAAAAGGCCUGGAUUUUGCUUACACAUGGAUUUAGUUUGCAAAUGCUUAGAGAUUCCUUUUUCACUCCCAGACCUUUUUUGGUAAACACAAGUGAGAUACAUAUUAAAAGGUAAUUUUGAGUUUGUUUGUUCUCCACAAAUACAGCAUUGCUUUCCAGCUUAAGGUUUUAACCAGGGUCAAACGUAGCCUUUGUAAAAAGUCUUCAUUUAAUUUCAAAAUAGAUCUGCCUGUAGACAUCCUGCGUGGGGAAGACCUCCCACAGGACUAGCCUGGAAAUGGGAAGGGGAGAGAGUCCCCGAUCGAGCCUUAGAAUCGCACCGGGGAGCCCGGCGCCCAAAGAGCCCUGCUCCUCGGUGAGCCUUCCCAUUGUGCGCUGGUGUUGUGGGCUCGUGACCCCGACAGGGACGUGUCUGCCGCGUCCUAUGCCGCGUGGGGCCGAGAUCUCUGCUCCGAAGGCUGCUCCAUCUCCUUCCCCGAGAGCACGUUGUCACGUCCCAGCCAUUUCAGAAGUGAGACUCCCCUAGAUUUAAAGUCUGGCUUCCGAGAGCACUAAGCCUGCUGAAGGAAUUAUUUCCCAGGAGUUCAUGAUCCCUGAGUUUCCAUGUUCCGCUGUUGACAGAUGCAUCUGUCCCUCAGUGGAUGGGGUGCUGGCUGGGUCCUGCCAAGCAGCAGACCUUGGGGGCCGUGGUGGCAGCGAGGCGGCUGGUAAGGAACGCAUGUGAGAGGUCAUGCAGGUCACGCGUUUAAAGGCUGUUCCCUGAGCAGGUGGCUCGCGUGCCCUCCCUCACCGGGCCGCGUCUUCUCCCUCUGCCUGCAGUGUCAGGGCAGUUUGCUGAAACACUUUACUCCAAUGACCCAGGGCAACACCCAAGCACCUGCCCGGGUCACUUUCCUGAAUCGCGCGGCUAAGAGGUGCAUGACGACAUGCUCCUUUCACGCGUUGGAGUUUAGAUCCAGACCGACUCCCCAAGGCUAAUUUGUUUGAGUAAUUUCUAAAUGUAAUGACCCAAAUAUUCCUUUCAUCUCUGAUUGAAUCUCUCCACUCAGCCUUGGGUAAAAGAUGCGGCCUCCCCCGUUGUUGGCAGAGGUGGAAAUGGAAGUCCCAAGAGUGUCGCUUUUAAGUGGCACGUGUGGGAGAGACGGGAGCGCCAGCGGGGCCUCCGUCCUUGUCCACGUCACUCACAGCAUUUCAUGCCUUCCUGUCUUCUGCACUCGCUGAAUGUCACCUGGAGUUAAACUCUCCACGGAUCCCUGCAGGGGUGACCUGGGAGGCGUCCCCAGGAAGGGGAGGAACCGUGUGAGCGUUUUACACAGUCUCUGAAUUGCUCACGUUGGGUUAUGUCACCUGGGGGAGGUGGAAAUGGGGGACGAGGAAAUGGGACAUAAAGCUUUUAGUGAAAACUCAUCUUGGAAACCCGCGAAAGGCCAUUUUCCCAGCCUGAGGUCAGGGACAGGCCACGCGCAGGAGGCAGAACUGGCCUUCAGUUGUUUCCGUGAGGAGGGAAAUGUGAGCCUCGGGCCUUGGCGAGUGAGCGUUCCGGGUGCUGCCUGGGUGCCUUGGGCCACCUGCCGGCCUGUGCCACGUGCCUGGCGCUGCCCCAGCCUAGGGUCCCGGGGAAGGGGCUCUCUCGGCUUGCCGUCUGCCGUCAGGUGUGGCGGGCGGGGACCACGUGGCCGCUCGGCUCCGCUCUUUCGUCGUGCAGGCGUGGAGGCCGCGGCUGGGAGGGCCCAGGGCAGGGAGGCUGCAGCUGGGAUCCAGCCCCUGCCCCACCCCAGCCCCUGUUACAUUGCUCUGCUGCGCUGCCUCCUGUUCGUGGUGCUUGGAUGUACCUGAAAAUGCUUUGUCAGGCAUAAAGUGCAAUACUAGUUAGUGGCUAAUUUGUUCAGUUAUUCGUUCUGUCACCAAACAGAUGGCUGAGACGAGAGGGUGGCCGGUGGCCCGUGCCCCUUGCCCUCAGUGGCCUUAGGUCUGAGUGCCGUGAGGGGUGUCGCUAGCUGGUCUGGGGGUCUGGCCUCCCCGCUAGUCUCAGGGGACUAGCAGAGACGACCGCUGGUCUCCGCCCUUGCCUGGCCCCAGCUUCCCAGCGCAGCACCCGGUGCCCUAGCUCAGGCUCUGGAGGGGCCGGGGUGUGUGCAUGUGUAUGUGUGUGUGUGCACGUGUGUGUGUCUACCUACAUACAUGCAUGUGUGCAUGCAUGCACACACGUAUGCGCAUGUGCACUGACCUGCUCCGGGUGUGUGUCUAAUAGUAUUAUUCUGGGUAUUUCCCUCAUCUCAGUAGAAUACCAGCCUCUAAUCCUCAAUCAUUAUUCACUCCAAGAAGGAAAGACAAAAUUCUCUCAUUCCACGCCGGUGAUGCAGAUGGUAAAAGUGCAGUCAGACCCCUGAAGGCUUCUGUCUGCCACAGCCAAGUCAGAAAGGGUUGGAAAGUAAACAGAACACCCAGCUGGGGGGGCGGGGCAGAGUGUACGAAUAUAGAGUUAGACACUUUUAAGGAAUAAAGAUUGCUAAUAAAAUAUUUUAUAUAAAACUUUUUACCUGUAUUCAGUGUCAAAUACUUCAAGUGGUUUGCUUAAAUUUUACCAAGUCAAAUUGAUUUGUAGAUUGUAUUUGGAAUACACUUGUUGCCCGUCUCGUAAGAGCUCAAUUCGUUACUCCUGUUCCGGUCUACACCUGGCUGUAAACAGUCACCCUCUCCCUCGACGGAGGUUCAUGUUUUGUGUUCAGCUGUCUGCAAGCUCUGUUUGUCCUCUGUGCCCCAGACAGACGUCUCACCCGUGUCUUCCUGCCUUGUGAAUGUUGCCACGGCCUCGAAAGUGCCCAGGGGUGGCUCGCUCGUUGGUGGCAGGCGCCGGCCAUGCCUUCCCUGCGGUCCCCUCCAGCAUGGCGGUGGUCCCCCGACCCGGGCUCGAGCGGCAGCUCCCGCAGUCAGAUGUCCCAGUCCAUUGCUCUAGUUUUGCUGGGAAUCUGUUCUGCAGGUUCAGGUCUGUAGAGGCAGCGGCCAAUAGGGAAAGCAGCAGACCUAGAAGGUCUUACAUGCUACGUCGGCUCACUGACUCCCCAGGCUCCAGUCAGGAAAUCCCACUUGGAGCGAGGACUUGUGAGGGGCAGCAGUGACUUGGGGCCGGGCUUUCCAACCGGGCUUCCCUCCCACCUCUCGGACCCUGAGCAGAGAGCCAGGCUGGGCGAGGGCACAGCAGCCACGAGCAGAUGGCCCCUGCCACCAUCCUACAGCAGGGGCAUAAUCGGCAGGUGCCUCGGUGUGAACAUAAGCUCACGGCUCAGCUCGCUCCCCCCUCUCCAGCCCUCUGCCUCUCUGGCCUGCCUGGCCCCCGGGGUCCGGCGUGCAUUGCAGUCGUGGUCUCCCUGGGCCACUUGCUUGGCUUCUCACAUCAGGAGAUCCCUCCGAGACCAUCCCCUCUGCAAAGACCGGGGCUCCUGAGGUCCAAAUUCAGGGCCGAUGUUCUUUGGGAACCUCCCUGAGACCAGAGCAGGGAAGAAAUGGGGGACCCUGCACCCCCACUGCACAAUCCAGUUUUCACUUGCAAGCUCAAUUCGGGCUGUCCUUAAAAUCCAUGCCUCCCGGGCAGGCGGGGGAUGUGAUGACACACACACACUCGUCCUUUGCCGUGCUGGCCUAGACCUUCCACUAACUGUUCCACGACCUUCCGUCUCUGUGUCCAUCUCCGGGGAAACAGGGUUUCACCCUAGCUCGGUUUUUCAUGUUACCUCCGAACAUGCCGGCUGGGAGUCAGGCCUCAGACGCCUUCUGUGGCCUCCCCUGGGUGGCAUCGGUGAGGUUGACAUGAGCGGUGCCUGCGCACGGGCCGGGCUUGGGGAUCCCGCUGCCUCCUGUUCCCAGGAUCAGUCCCCGGCGUCAGAAAGGAGAGAGCAAGCCGUGACACCGGCUACCACGCUCUGGCCUGGCGAGGGACUGCCGCGGGGGGAGCAAAAGGGAGUUUGCUGGUAGAAUGGCCACUGGGACUCCGAAAGGAAAGAGGUAGAGGCACAAAAGCCUCUUUGCUCUGCCACCAACACGGACGGGGCCUGCUGGCGGGCGAGGGCUCUGUGUCUGCAGUGCGUGCCGUGCCGUGGAGGCAGAGCCAGCUCCCCGGGCUCCCUUCGCUGGGGAGCUGCCCCCACGGCCACAGGCCUUUGGGGUCCGAGGCGAGAACGUAGCCCCGGCGUGUGUGGGUUUGUGGCGCUGUGGUCCCUGGUUUGGCAACAGCCUUCCGGCUGUUGGGAAAGGCACGAGCCCACAUAAACAGAAACUAGCAAAACUCAAAAUCAUCACGUUCAGCUGGGGUUUUCGCCCAACAGAGCGGCACCGUCCUCUGGGUGUCGGCCCUGAAUGAACAGAACCCGCCGAUCACUGGGCAUCUCUGGCCUAAGCCUUGUGCGUGAUUAAAAUGCAGCCCUGGACUGUGCACAGUUAGGAGUAGCAUUGAUUUCAUGGUCACUGCUGUUAUGAGAUCUCAUCUCCAGACCUUUGUAAGCCACCUGCUGUCACCUCCGGCCAGUGCAGUCCAUUGCCAUGGUGGCAGGUGGGUGGGGGGACGGAGGGGGAGCACUGAGGUGGGACCCUGCAGGGGCCUGCUUCGGGCCAGCCCUCUAGGCCCCAGAUGAGCCUCCCUUGAAGGUGGCUUUCAAAGCCCUCACUGCCAGCACUUGGAGUUGACCCUUCACCUUUGACCUCACCUGCCUAGAUGCGGUACACACCCCGAAGUGCACACUCAGCACCUGCCCUUCCUCCUAGCAGGGCCCUGUGUGUGCACAGUGGGCACCUGGAGCUUCUAGAAAACAGUAUUUGCCAAACGAGAGCGUGCUGCCGCGGGCGGAGCAGCAGGCGCAUCCCUUUCCGGGGGACUCAGCAAACUGUCUCCCCUCUGAGAGGCCCCGAACGCACCCCCCUGCUCACUGCAGCGUCAGGCCUCCACGUGCACCGUUAGGAAGUGGGGGGCACGGGGCUGAGGGUUGAGAGACCCGCCGCGUUCGGGGGCCCCUGGAGAUCCCAGGAUGCCCCAUAAUCAGAAUGGUGCCGCCGUUUGGUUUUACUGCAAAUAUUUUAGUGACCAUGGUAGCUCUUUUGUGUUAAUGCCUUGACCUUUUUCACAUUUCUGUCAUUGUCCAUCUUGGGGGUCCCUUUUCCAUGACCUACAGACUUCCUGAGCUUAAUCAUAAAGAAAUCAUUGUGAAGUCCUUGGCCAAAUAAAAAUGGUAGCAAAACGUGCUAUCGUCCGAAUUGCUAAUGAAGGAGACCACCCCCCCACACAGGGUCUCCAUUUUACAGUCUGUGCCCCCUCCUGAAGGGGCAGGGGAUGAGUUUUUCAACAGAACAUGUAUGUUUAAAAAUUGAUGAGUGUGGCUCAUCCCCUUACCCUAGUUUUUAUGUAUUUUUUCCCCUUUGUAGGCAUAUUGGUGCAAUACCUGGUUAGUUGAAUCUGUCAUGAAUUGUUACCUUUUAUUUGAUGAGGGACUAUUUAAUGUUUUUCCUUUGUUGUUCCUUCCAAAGCAAAAGUCAAUGCAAGUAACUUUUUAAUCAGCGUGCAAACGUACAUAUAUCCAUAUAUCUACUAGGUAAUUAUGUAAUACCUGUUUUUAUCAUGCUGUAUGGAUAAAUUUACAGUGAUUUAGCUCUGUGACUUAGGAAAUACUGCUGCUUGCACGCUGUGACGGAUUUGCACUGCUGUAGAUAAACCUGACAUAUAUACACACACGUACAUACAUACUCACAGACAGCAUCGGCUCCAUGGGGUACUUGUUCCCUUGCCCGUGUCACUCCGCUGGAACUCUGGACCCACACGGCCCCUAGGAUGGGAGCUUCUAACUCCACCUUACAGCCGGGGAGCGGCGUGUAUAGUUCUGUAGAGUUCUCGCCUUAGAUUUGUACAUGCAUUUUUUGCAGACUUGAACUUUGUUUUCUGAAAUUAGAUGCCAUUUAUGAAAAUGUGACACAAAUCAAAUAAAGCAUCAUUAUUUUCA